GCAUGGCCCCGGCUGCAGGACAACCCCGCUGGCGCCGCCGUCCUGCCGGGGCCGGAGUUGGGGGGAUGUCCUUGGCCUUCCCUGUGGGCCGGAGGCAAAUCCCCUGCCUGUCCUUCUUGCUUCCUGCCCCAGGCCCCGAACUGAGGACGGAGAGCCCGGAGGACAAAUCCCCCCGUGAGACCCUGGUGGGAGAGGCCGUUUUGAAGGGCUCCCCAGCGCAGGAAGGCAGUGGGGAGGAAAAGGGCCGGAGAUCCCCCCGCAGGAGGGGCUCCAAAGCCAUCCCAGGGUGCUCUGAGGAGGAAAGAGCCAGCCUGUGCCGGGAAGGCAGCUGGAGCUUGAGGGGGAGCUCUGACCUGGAGAUCCCUGAGCAGCCUCCCAGCAGGGAGAAGCCCUUCAGGUGCUUGGAAUGUGGGAAGAGCUUCAGGAUGAGCACCACCCUCCUUCGCCACCAGCACAUCCACACUGGGGAACGGCCCUACACGUGUGGGGAAUGUGGGAAUAGCUUCAGGCAGAGUUCCACCCUUUGCAAACACCAGCGCAUCCACACUGGGGAACGACCCUACUCAUGUGGGGAAUGUGGGAAGAGCUUCAGUGACAGCUCCAACCUGAUCCUGCACAAGCAUAUCCACACUGGAGAACGGCCCUAUUCGUGUGGGGAAUGUGGGAAGAGCUUCACUCAGAGCUCCAGCCUCCGCAAACACCAGCGCACACACACUGGGGAACGGCCCUACUCAUGUGGGGGAUGUGGGAAGAGCUUCAGUGACAACUCCAAGCUGAUCCUGCACAAGCAUAUCCACACUGGAGAACGGCCCUAUUCGUGUGGGGAAUGUGGGAAAAGCUUCACUCAGAGCUCCAGCCUCCGCAGACACCAGCGCAUCCACACUGGGGCACAGCCCUACUCAUGUGGGGGAUGUGGGAAGAGCUUCAGUGACAGCUCCGACCUGAUCCGGCACAAGCACAUCCACACUGGAGAACGGCCCUACAAGUGUGGGGAAUGUGGGAAGAGCUUCAAUCAGAGCUCCAACCUCCGCAGACACCAGCGCAUCCACACUGGGGAACGGCCCUAUGCAUGUGGGGAAUGUGGGAAGGGCUUCUGGCGCAACUCCAGCCUCCACAUCCACCAGCUCAUCCACACCGGGGAACGACCGUACAAGUGCUUGGAAUGUGGGAAGGGGUUUCAGACCAGCUCCACUCUCCUCGUGCACCAGCGGACGCACACGGAUGAGAGGCCCUUCCACUGCACUGACUGUGGGAAGGGCUUCAAGCAGAACUCCACCCUCGUCACCCACCGGCGCAUCCACACUGGGGAGAGGCCCUACAAGUGUGGGGAGUGUGGGAAGAGCUUCACUGACAGGUCUAACUUGACCCAACACAAACGUACCCACCAGUAAGGGAAGCCCUACCAGUGCCCUGACUGCAGGAAGAGCUUCGGCCGCUGCUUCCACCCCAAUGAACCCCCUGAUGGUGAGGCAACCCCUGGAGUCCAGUGACUGUCAGUGCAUCCCUUUCUACCACAAAGGGCCAGUCCCCUUUCACAGGGUCAGCUUCUUCCAAGAGAACCCUUCUUGGGGGGUGUGUGGAGAUUCCUGCCUUGGCUGGGGACCCCCCCCAAGGUCACUGCUGGAGGUUGAGAGCAGAGAUCUCCCCAUGAGCGUUGGUCUGGGGGAGUUCCAUCCAUCUCUAAUUAAGAAUUAUUGCUUUUGUGCCAGCUUGAGUAGAAUUGUUUCAACAUUUGCUUUAGUGUAGAGCACUGUCCUAUCUUAUCCUGUACUGCUGGUAGUUUUAGUGUUUGUAUUGUGCAGUAAAUAAUUGUGAUGAAGAUCUUUUGUCUGAUCAUUU